AUGGCAGUAUCAUUAAAGCGUUUGGUAGACGUUCCAAAGAUAAUUACUGAUUUAAAAUCGUUCAACUUCUCAAUAUAUGGUCGUUGGUUUGGUUAUAUUAACAUUAUUCUCUGUCUUGCGCUAGGUAUUGCGAACUUAUUUCACUUCAGCCUUGUUAUUUUAUUUGCAGUUAUAGCCAUCUUGCAGGGAUUCGUGCUCCUAUUCACUGAGCUUCCAUUCCUAUUGAAGAUUUGCCCUUUAUCUGAAAAUUUUGUGGGUUUAAUUAAAAGGUGGGAAUCUAAUGGUUCGCGUUCACUAUUUUACAUUGUUAUGGCCGUAAUUCAAUGGGUUUCGCUAGCAGUUCGGGUUACCAGUUUAAUUGUAGUAGCCAUUGGUUUGACUAUUAGUGCCAUUUUUUACGGCACUGGGUACCUGAAGAAACAGGAGUUCAAGGAAACGAACUACCUACGUGAUCCUUCGCGCGACCCGAACUUCCCGCGUGAGGCUGCAGUUAGGGACAUGGUAUAG